GGCGCGGCUCGCGAGUCUCUUCGAGGAACUCGAGAACGAGAAGCAGGUGGUAAAGGACCUCCAAGCCUCUCUCCAGAGCGCGGGGAACGGACCAGUUACUGUGUGGCUCGUCUCGUCGCAUUGGCAGCUCACCAUAGCCAUCCUCGCGGCGCUUGUGGGCGUCUUUGGCGUGGUGGGCCCGGAUGCACUGGUGAUUGCGCUGCAUUCGGGUUUUGGCUCAUUGCUGACGGGGCUCCUGGUGUCCGGCAGCUUCGACUUCGCCAGCUCCUACUUCUUUGGGAAAGGCAUGAGCUGGUUGGACGCCAACUGUGCGUUGCUGGCUGGCCGGGGCAGUUUGUUUGCCUAUGUGAUUUGGCUCGUGGUGACAUGUGCCAGUCUCAUCCGCUGGAGAUCCAACAUCCCCCUCAUCCUCUUCGCCAAGGUGGAAACCUUGCACCUCACAGGCACCGAGGACGAUGACGAGUCCGACAGAGCGAGACCUUUCCUCGCGGGAGUGGAUCCUGAG